GUGACCCUACCCACCUCGCGUGGAAGCCUCUUGGAAACCGUAACCGAGAAUGGGAAUUCCCACGAAAGCCUGAAAACGGCACAUCGGACCCGGUAUUUUCGUGAUAAUCCACACCGCAGGUCUUGUUGGUAGCUGGCGCAAACAGUAUUGCAUAUGCGCGUUGUUGCAUCAUUCCGUGACAGGCGGAAACGUAUAAAAGGCACAUAAACAUAGGCACCAAGGUAAUUUCCGAGUUUUUCCAGCCAUGUCUCAGUCGAAACCUCUGCUCAUCCCGUGGCUGAGAAAGCAGAUCGACAGUGGGCAGUACCCAGGUGUUGGCUGGACAAAUCAGGAGCGGACGGAGUUCUGCAUCCCGUGGAAGCACGCGCUUAGACAGGACUCCUCGAGCGCCGACGUUCUCAUAUUCAAGGCGUGGGCGGAGGUCAGUAAUGGCAAGGCUCAGGGAGACUCCUCCAUCUGGAAGAGGAACUUCCGUGCCGCGCUGCGAGCCAAGGGCUUCCGGAACGUCUGCGACAAAAAGAACGACGCAGCCAACCCCCACAGAGUGUUCCACUGGCCGGAGAACGCCCCGGCAGGGGGUUCUCAGGAGCCUGUGGAAGCAGACCUCUACCAGGAGCCCCCUCUAAUGGAUGGAGGUCCAGAGGGCCCGCAUGUCCGGGACGUUUACCUAGCCCAGGAGACCGUGGGGUUUAAAGGGAGAGACCUAACCAAUGAGGAGCCAGACAUCCUGGAGCGGUGCCUGAAUGGGUUAAACAUUGUAGAACCCCGAGAAGAUGGACAAAAUGAUCAGAUGUUUGAAGAGUUUCCAGGGCAACAGCUGUAUACAGAAACAAUGGGAGCUGAGGGAGCAGUUGGGUUGCUGGGACAACCUGCUUACCCAAUGGGUGAAGUGGUGGGCGUGGCCAGUGAGGAAGCGCUGGUGACUCAGCUGGUCAGCAGCAUGUCCAGCACCAUGGAAGAUCAUUUCAAGACCCACUUCAAGGUGUCUGUGUACUUCAGAGGGCAGAAGGUGUCUGAGCAGCUGGUGGACAACGAUGCCGGCUUCAGACUGGUCUACCGGCCUGACCUGACCAAGCCUGUGCUGGACCCCCAGUCGGGGCUGCACCUGGUGUCCCUGCCUCCGGUCGGGGCCAUGAUGGACCAUAACCAGGCCCGGCUGACCCAGACCAUCCUGGACAGCAUGGGGGACGGCCUGGAGAUGGGGGCUACAGGCUACGUCAUAUACGGCUGGCGGAGGGGGGAGAGCAGGGCGUUCUGGAGCCUGUGUAAGUUCGACCACAGCCGGACGCCACAAGAGGUGUCCAAGAGGGAGCCCCAGCAACUGUACCUGGCCCAGGACUUCUUACGGGGACUGCAUCAGUUCAUCAGCCACGGUGGAGGGGAUUCCCCCCCCAUCUCUGUGUUCCUGUGUCUGGGAGAGAAGUGGCCUGACCCAGACGCCAGGCCCUGGGAGAAGAAGCUGGUGACUGUGGAGGUGGUGUUCACGUCUCUGGAGAUGCUGAAGGAGUUGGCCAUCCAAGGUGGCGCCUCCUCUCUGCAGUCGGUGGAACUUCAGCUCUCCCUGCAGGAGUCUCUGCAGGAGCUUAUGGAGAUGUGUUGAAGAUGAAAUGAAACUCUCCAACAAUGAGCCAUCGCUGUUUAUUCCUCACCCUUCCUGACCCCCUGAACCCCCUAUACACUCCUACCCCCCCUUAUACUCCUAAAUGCCCCCUCUUGCCCCUCUUCUCCCCCCUCAAACCCUCCCUGACCCCCCCACCCCCACCCACGCACACACACUCCCCUGACCCUCAGCCAUUCCAGUCACAAUGUUUGCCUUUCUGAAAACCACAUCAGCCCUCAAAGAUAAACAAAAUCCCCAUGGCAACACAGAAAACAACAAAUCACAAUGAAACAACACAGCUCGGUUGCCUGGCAACAUAACCAACUGAACUUUGUUUCAUUUUUAGAGUUUAAAAUGUGAAAAAGAGUUGUGUGUUUUUUAUACAAGACUUGUAACAGUAAUAUUUGUAAAAACAAAUAAAACGACAUGCAGCAAAGAGAAUUCAAGCGCCAA